UCUUCUUCUCUUCCACUUAAUUCUCUUUCUCUCUCUCUCUCUCUCUCUCUCUCUCUCUCUACCUAAUCCUAUAUAUAUAAAUUUGUCUCAACAUAUAAAUAUAAAUCACCAUUGAUAUAACCUUAACUCUUUAACUGACAAACAUACACUUCUUUUGAGCUUGCAUUGUGAUCAAAUAUAUUUUUGAUUGACAUGAUUUCCUCAAAGAGCAAGAAGAUAUGGUGGUCCAAGCUCAAAUCUUCAUUUUCAUCAAAAAAAGGAAAUUCAAAGAGGAAAGAUACAACAAAGGAAGGUAGCUUAUGUAGGAAGCUAAACGUAAACGAAGAGUACAAGGAAGUAUUCAGGACCAAAUCUUAUAUGGAAAUAUGGAGCAAAGUUCAAGCUUUAGAUGAUAAUAACCAACAAUGUUAUUCUCGUUCAUCAUCAUCAUCUUCAUCUUCAUAUGUUUCAUAUUCUUCUUCUUCUUCCUAUAAAUAUAAUUCAUCAUCAUCCCCAGUUCCUUUCUACAUGCAUCAUCUCUCAGAUUUUCUCCUAGAACCACGGCAAGAGGCUGUGAUCGAUAUAAUAAAAUCCUCAAAUCUUCAAACCCUACUUAAUGACUACUUUGAUGCAAGCCUUGAAGCCUGCAAUAUAUGUGAGUUGCUCUUAAGAGGUAUCCAUAAAACUCGGUCUAACCACCGCCUCCUCGAGAAGGUGAUCAACUUAUCUGAAGGAGGAGGAAUGGAAGAUGGAGAAGGAGAAGGAGAAGGAGAUUAUUUUAGUAGAUUCACAUGCCAUAAAAUAAUACUACUCCAAGAAUUAGCUUCAUUUGCAAGCUUAAACAACCCUUUAUCAAAUAUCAUAAAUGGGACGGUUGAUUUUCGUAAGAUCCAUGACAAAUAUUCCCAUUUACUCCGAAAAUUAACAAACAGGAAGAGAAGAAUCAAGCGAAAGGAGAAAUUUACGCGAUUUUACAAGAAGGCGGCUGGCUAUGGCUUUGUGAUCACCUACUCGGUGCUUGCUAUUGCUUUACUAGCCCUAGCAAUGCAUAGCAUGGUAGGUAUUCUAGGAGCACCAGGGUUAUUAUUGCCACUUUCUAUGGGUGUGAUGAAGAAAGUAAAGGGUGGAGGAUCGCUCAAGGCAAACUUCCUUAAACACCUAGGAUCACAGCUAGAUGUCGCGGCUAAGGGAAUGUAUAUCUUCAUCAAUGACUUUGACACCGUGGGGAGGCUUGUCACACGCCUGCAUGAUGAGGUUGAACAUAAGAGAGAAAUCGCGGCCAUGUGUGUCAGAAAUGGGAAGAGUCAUCAAGUUAUCAGGGAAGCUUUAAGGAAUAUUCAAAUGCAUCAACAAGGUUUUGUAGAACAAUUGGAAGAGCUUGAACAACAUAUUUACUUGUGCUUUUUAACUAUAAACAGAUCAAGGAGAUUAGUUACUGAAGAGAUAUUGGCCCCUUUCAAUACCUGAGGUAAUCUCUUCCAGAGACAUUUCAAUUCGUCAGGAAGGAAUUCUUACAUUGAUUAUUGAUAGUAUAUGUAAUUUGUAACAGUUAGUUAAUUCUGGACCAAGCUAGCAAGAUGUAUUGCAUGACUUUUAAUUUAUUGAUAGAUCUUAGGAAAACAAAAUAAUUCAAGAUAUAUGUUUUAACAUAGAUAGGUUAAAGUGGAAUAUAGUUAGUACUUAGUUGGAUGAUAUAGGCAGCACCGUAAAUCAAUGUAGGGUGUAAAUACACAUACGAUAUCCAUCUCUUGGCUUUUUAUUAUGUUUCAAUUUUGUUUCAAGACAUAUAAUACAAAUUAUACACGGCUCAAUUUUUUUAUGCA